AUGUCCCUACUAUUACGUGGCUAUCUAUCUAUCUAUCUAUCUAUCUAUCUAUCUAUCUAUCUAUCUAUCUAUCUAUCUAUGUUUGUCCCUAUUCAUAUCUAUCUAUGCUUGUCCCUAUUCAUAUCUAUCUAUCUAUCUAUCUAUCUAUCUAUCUAUCUAUCUAUCUAUAUGUUUGUUCCUAUUCAUAUCUAUCUAUCUAUCUAUCUAUCUAUCUAUCUAUCUAUCUAUCUAUCUAUGUUUGUCCCUAUUCAUAUCUAUCUAUCUAUCUAUCUAUCUAUCUAUCUAUCUAUAUAUAUAUAUAUAUAUCUAUGUUUGUCCCUAUUCUAUCUAUAUAUAUAUAUAUAUAUCUAUUUAUCCCUCUAUUCAUCUAUCUAUCUAUCUAUCUAUCUAUCUAUCUAUAUAUAUAUAUAUAUAUAUGUUUAUCCCUAUUCAUAUCUAUAUAUCUGUCUAUCUAUUUGUUCUAUCUAUCUAUUAUAUAUAUAUAUGUUUGUCCCUAUUCAUAUCUAUGUAUCUAUCUAUCUAUCUAUAUAUAUAUAUAUAUAUUUGUUUGUUCCUAUUCAUAUCUAUCUAUCUAUCUAUCUAUCUAUCUAUCUAUCUAUCUAUCUAUCUAUCUAUCUAUCUUGUUUGUCCCUAUUCAUAUCUAUCUAUCCCUAUUCAUAUCUAUCUAUCUAUCUAUCUAUCUAUCUAUCUAUCUAUCUUUGUCUAUCUAUCUGUUUAUUCAUAUCCUAUCUAUCUAUCUAUCUAUCUAUCUAUAUCUAUCUAUCUAUCUAUGAGAUUGUGAGGAAUUUCUUCUCCCUGCUUCUAAUUCCCUUCUUGCUUUUCCUCCUAUUACUUUUGACUUGCCUUUAA